GCUGUCAAAUUGGAAAGCCGACAUUGCUGCGGAUGAGGAUCUGCCCUUUUUCCUUUUUCUCUCUUCUGAUCAAGGCUCCAUUGUGUCAUGUCGUCUCGUAACAAUAAUAAUAACAAUAACCAAGGUCGCAAUGGUUCGAACCGAAUUAGAGGUCCUACAUCGGCUCUUAGUAGCUUUCUGAGGGAACAUGGCAUUCGAGUGGAAAACAGAAGCCGAAGAGCUAGACGGGAAAGAGCCGCAGAACCAGAACAACCUGCGGCCGAGGCGUUCUCUGCCAGUGAAGCCAAUACACCUACCCCGAAUGACGAUGCUGCUGCGGAAUCCACCGAUCAGCAAGCCACUACCGCCAUUCUAUAUACACCCAGUGGUCGUCAACGCCGUGCAGCUUCUGGAGCAGCUAACCGAGCGAUUGUGGAAGCAGCAAAGAAGAGAAAGAAAAAGGAUGAUGAUUCCGACGAUGAUUACAGAGACGAGGAUGAAGGCGGUCCUGCUGCUGGACCUUCCAGUUCCCGACGAUCCCAGGCAGGUCGUACACGCAUAUUUUUCUGUUCCCGAUGUAAAGGACGCUACGCCCGCGCAGUCGACGAUGCGGCGGGUCAAGAAAACGUUUGCCCCUCCUGUCUCGAGAACAAGCCCAUCGAUAAAUCGAAACGGCCGAAAAAGAAGCGAGCCGUUCAGAGAAAAGGCAACCAGCAAGGCGAUGCAAACCUUGUCCCUACCUUGCAAGAUUUGUGUAUCGACGUCAUUGCCAAAUAUAUUGAAAAUGUCGAAGCCUUGGGCGAUAUUAGUUUUAUCAAUAUGGAUAAACUCGCCAAGAUCAUCUGUCGCAAUCGUCAAUUGAAUAACCAUACCGCACGUUUGUUUAUGGAACCAGUGAUGCGUGACCUCGCUCUCUACGAUUGUACAGGUGUUGAUGAAACCGGCUUGAUGAAUAUUGCCCAGUUCUGUCCUCGACUCCAGAAACUGAAAUUGAUCUAUUGUGGCAAGAUAACCGAUGCGGUGAUCGAUGCUUAUGCGGAUCGACUGAAGGAUUUACGGUCGCUUGAACUUUCAGGUUCUUAUUUGGUGACGAGUGCAGCAUGGGAAUCGUUCUUUGAAAAAACCGGCGAUCGAUUGGAAAGCUUUUCCAUCAGCCAUUCGAUGCGCUUCACGCAUGCUUCUUUGCAAGCCUUGACGAAGCAUGCCCGGAAGCUGAAGCAUUUGCGAUUGAUGCGGUUGGUGAAAAUGGAGGAUACAUGGUUAGACGAUCUGCAUGUGUUGAAACACCUCGAGACUCUGGAGCUGUCUUGGCCGUCAAGCGAGAGAAACUUUUCAUCGGCGGCUAUUACCAAACUUGUGCAAGCCGUUGGCAAUGGGUUGACCGAAUUAGCCUUGCGCGGUUGCACGGAGGUGGACGAUAAAGUACUUGAAGCGAUUCGUGAACAUUGCCCGAACUUGCAUACCUUGAAGCUGGCGCAGUGCGAAUCGAUCACGUCGGCAGGUGUGCAGACGUUGUUUACCGAAUGGAAAACACAAUGGCCAGGCCAAGGAUUGAAGUACCUCGAUCUGUCCCGGUGUGUCUUGCUGGAAGACGAUGCUUUACUGGCCAUUGUCAGACACUCGUACAAAAGUCUCGAGCACCUCGACAUUCACAGCUUGGAAAAUAUUACAGCCUCGGCGCUUGAAGCGUUGAGUGGAAAAGAAGGCUUGAAAAAUCUGCAGUACUUGGACUGUGGAUUUGUUCGUUCCAUGGAUGACUUUGUCUUGAAAUCAUUGAUGGACGGAUGUCCUUUGCUCACCCAAGUGAAAGUCUGGGGUUGUCAUCAGGUGACGGAUAGCGUCCCCAUACGUCGUGGACUGAUGAUUCAAGGACGAGAAUCGUAAAUCGAUAAUAGCAAGCUCAAAGAAGUAUAAGCUGUAACGCGAAAACUGAAGAACAUUUUCGGAUACGGAUAUGAUUUUAGCGUAUCUAUGAAGGGAACUAACCAAGCAUUGCUUUUCCGGUUGACCAUUCGUCAUUUAUUUUCCCCCAUAAUGAUCAUUUGCAUAUUUAUCACCUUUUAAAAUUGCUUUAUAUUGAAAACAAGGGUGUCUGCAUAUUUGAUGAAUGUGAUGUGACAAAUGUUGAUAAAAGUGACACAAAUGGCGAAUUUUUUUUCUGAAGCAACUCCGCCCUCCCAUUUGGAGAUCCUUUUUUUUU